CGCGCCUUUGCUUAAUUGAUUCUCUACUGUCGCGCAUCCAAAUCCUCCAAGGCUGCGUUCCAGGUUCUUUUGCCACAGAUUGCUAGUCGCACACAUAUGAUCACGGGAUUCAAUUGUAAUCUGGCCGCAAUUUUUUUAUUCUGUCACCUGAUAGUACAGGUGUUUUUGUAGCGCACCAUGCCGCCCAAGAAGGAACCUGCCAUGAGCGCGUUCGAGCGCAAGCGUCUCGAGAACAUCGCGACAAACACCGCGAUCCUAAGCGAGAUCAGCACCACGGCGAGCAAAAUAAUUCCGAAGCCCGCGCCGCCAAAGCCAAAGCGUUCAAGCACUCCGCGAACUAAACGAGAGCCCAUCAAGCGGGAGCCGGUCCUCCCGACGCGAAAGAGCAGCAGAUUAGCAGGAGUCGAUGCCGACGCAGCAUUGCUCAAACGCAGGGCUGAAGUGGAAGCGGAAGCUGAAGCUGAUAAGGCUAAGGCAAAGAGGUCGCGAGUCAGCGGGGACCUUAACCUCGGCGAUAUUCAGGUUGAGGGCCGCAAAUGGGAGGGAGGCCUCGAUGGGUUGGCGGGCCUGAAAGGCCUUGCUGUCAGGGGUGCACAGCCCGGCGUGCGGACAUUCACGGACGAAGACAUAAAGGAGACAACGGAUAAGGGGCUCAAAGACCUACGGUUGCGCAUGAGCGGGUUGAAGCUUUAUGAGAAAUGGCCAGUGCAAGACAUCAAGAUCGUGCCACAGCGGAUCUACUCAAUGGGCUUCCAUCCUACGGAAAAUAAGCCCAUUGUCUUUGCCGGCGACAAGGAGGGCGCAAUGGGCGUCUUCGACGCAUCCCAAGAGCCUCUCAAGGUCGAGGACGAUGAGGAUGAGGAGGCGGAGCUUGCUCCUCCAGUAAUAUCAGCCUUCAAGACACACGCGCGUACCAUCUCCUCCUUCCACUUCUCUCCUGUCGACGCAAACGCCGUCUACUCGGCGUCGUACGACUCAUCCAUCCGCAAACUCGAUCUCGACAAGGGCGUCUCAACCGAAGUCUUUGCGCCGGCAGAUGCAGAUGAGGACUUGCCUAUCAGCGCGAUCGACAUGCCGAUUAAUGACCCCCACAUGAUUAUUUUCUCCACGCUCCAGGGCUCCCUCGGCCGGCAUGACCUACGCACCAAGCCCAGCACCGCAGAGAUCUGGGGCGUCACUGACCAGAAGAUUGGCGGCUUCUCCCUGCACCCUCUCCAUCCUCACCUGGUCGCUACCGCCUCGCUGGAUCGCACCCUCAAGAUCUGGGACCUACGCAAAAUUCAAGGGAAAGGCGACUCCCGUGCACCCGCGCUCCUUGGAUCGCACGAGUCGCGUCUAUCAGUCUCCCACGCGAGCUGGAGCAGCGCAGGCCACAUCGCGACGUCCAGCUACGACGACCGCAUCAAGAUCUAUUCGUUCCCCGACGCCAGGGAAUGGCGCGCGGGCCAUGAGCUGUCAGAGAAGCAGAUGAAGCCUGCGCACCAGAUCCCGCACAACAACCAGACUGGUCGGUGGGUGACGAUCCUCAAGCCGCAGUGGCAGCGCAGUCCGCGCGACGGGUUGCAGAAGUUUGUGAUUGGCAAUAUGAACCGCUUCGUGGAUGUGUUUGCGGCGGAUGGCGAGCAGCUGGCGCAGCUGGAUGGCGAUGGUAUCACGGCUGUGCCUGCUGUCGCGCAUUUCCAUCCGACGAUGGACUGGGUUGCUGGAGGAAACGCCAGUGGGAAGCUGUGUCUGUGGAUGUGAGGUGACUCGCAUACCAUGUACAUGCAGCUACGGUUGGUUGGCUUCUUGGACAGCAGUUGCUGUCGGCCAUGAGUGUGCUCUUAAAUCUAGCGUGGGUAUUCCCUCACACCGACAUUGCAUUACUCCGUUACUGUGCAGCUGUCAAGUUUCAAGUCGGGCAGUGCAUCCUGAAGCCCCCGCUAUCAGCGCCAAGUCAUCUAGUUGCAGCUAGAACUCAUAUCCGUAUUCUUUAUGCAGACCCCAAUAGUUAGAGUAAUGAGGU